UUGACCAGUUGUAAUGAGAUGUAUUCCUAAACGGGGCAUAAUGCUGUAUGUUGUGGCCUUUCUGGUCCUGUCUCCACCCUUCUCGUUGGCCUUUACCGCGGAUGAAGUGAAGAAUUUGACAAAAUACAUAUUUGACACAAAUGCCUACGACAAAAGCUUAAGACCGGCCUUAAACCAAGUGUCUCCGACGGACCUGAAAGUGUCUUUUAACUUGCUAAGUAUAAACAAGCUAGACGAACUGGAGGAGAAACUCGUCACCACGGCGUACCUGACGCUUUCAUGGAAGGACGAGUUCCUCACCUGGGACACAACCGAAUUUCGUAUAAACAAACUAACGUUGCCACAAAACUGGGUGUGGAAGCCGGACUUUGUCUUGAAGAAUGGUUUUACCGAGUUCAAAGAACUAGGCGGCUCUUUUUAUUACGUAGUACUCGCAUUUGAUGGAACUCUUUCUUGGAAACCUUAUCAAGUGUUUCAGUCACAGUGUUCCAUUGACGUUACGUAUUUUCCAUUCGAUACACAAACAUGCAAUAUUCAGUUCACUAUGUGGUCACACUAUACAUACCAGGUAACACUGAGUUCAUCAAGCGGUAGUGUUGAAAUGGGUAACUACAAAGUCAACAAAGUUUGGAAAAUCACGUCAACGUCACAAAACAUCGACAAUUCUGGAUCCAACAGUAUAGUAACAUAUACCCUAAAUCUAAAGCGAAAACCUGGUUUUUACGUCGGAAAUAUUGUCACACCGAUUCUGUUUCUAGGUGUAUUGAACAUUCUAGUUUUCAUUAUUCCAGCCGAUGCUGGAGAGAAGAUGUCCUACUGUAUCACUGUAGCUUUAGGUUUCAUCGUCUUCUUGACAAUCAUUAGCUCUGAACUACCGGCCAACUCGGACAAUACGCCGUAUCUAGCAAAAUACCUACAGAUUCAAAUCUUUAUGGGAGGAAUAGCACUCGUCAUUUCUGCAAUACAACUGCGGCUGCGCCAUAAAUCUGAGGAGCAAAAAGUUUACACACCAUUCAAACUUCUAGUUAAAGCAGCGUUUUGCGAAACUUUUAAAGCCAAAGUAUCGUGUAAAGACAAAUCUAUCCCAGUGCAUGGACAAAACAAGGAGGAUGAGGACACGGAGAAAUAUGAUGAUUCGAUUACUUGGAACGAUGUUUCAUCUGCCAUUGAUUUUGUUAUGUUUUGGAUUUACGUUUCCGUUUAUUGCAUAAGUACUAUUACCAUAAUGACUAUUCUCCAGAACUGAUAAUAUGCGUAGUUUAUCUUAAAGAUCGGCAAUCGUACAAUGGUUAUUACUUUUAUUUAUACCAAUGAUUCCAUAAUAUUUUACGUCUCUUGUCACUAAAGUAAAGUCAGUCUCAAAUCUGCCAGUUUUCUAAGACUUGAUCCAAUUCUGCGUAAUAAUGAAAAUGUUCUAGAAAUUUAUAUCAAAGCUCAAUUACCCUGUCAAAUAUUUACGUAUACAUUUCAAAGUCACGAAUAACUUUAUUUCAAACUCAAGGUAAAUAAAAACACUUGUUAUUGUACCAUAUUUUUAUUAAUGAAGCUAACGGUAUAUACAAAAUACACAGUAUAUACAGUUUAAUAAACUUCCCGUUAUCACCAUCCUUACCAGGUUACAACGUAAAGCCUGCCUUCAUGGUAAUGAAAAUCCAAGUAAAAAUAACCUAAAUCCUACGCCAACCCACUUAGCACGGACUUAACGCUUAUCAUGCUGCACAAUGGAAAUUUACGGGACAAUAAAUAAAACACUUAGCGAUGCAAUGAACAAGACGGGAAAUGGAGACUGGGGCCCACCCAUCUACCCGGGGAAGUGAGUUGACUCGAACCUUAGAGACGAUUCCACGUCAACUGCCGGACUAAGGCAAAUCCUGACUUUAUAUAAACCGCGCUAUGUGUGUGUGUUUCUCUUAACCAAUCGGAACGACUAUAUGUAUUUAUAACUCAAACCAACAUCCAACCAAAUCAUUAUGAAUAACAUAGACACUUUUCGGAUGAUACUUCAACGUAUACAUCCGAUCGUAUUUAUUGUAACGUUUUGCUUUAGCUAUAGACGAACAUGUGCUUGACAUGUGACCAUG